CUUUCAAUUAGCGUGGAUGUAAAACCGCUGUUGGGGACAAGACAAAACAGACUACGGGGGAAAAAAAUCCCAUCAGAACUUCAAACUCACAGCCACUGUUCGGAUUAAAUUCCACUUCAUUCCGGAGUUCUCCUUGACUAGAUUGUGUUGCACCUGCUCCGGCGGACCAGCGCCGAAAGUUAAUGCUUUUUUGUAUUGGUUGAGAAGUCCGAAAACCACGUGAAUGUAUAGCAUGAUGAUGGAGACGGACUUGCACUCCCCGGGUCCACAGACUAAUACAAACCCGGGGCAGACAGGUCCGAACACGGGGAACAAAGCUAACCAAGAGCGCGUCAAACGUCCUAUGAAUGCUUUUAUGGUGUGGUCCCGCGGGCAGCGCCGGAAAAUGGCUCAGGAAAAUCCGAAAAUGCACAACUCUGAGAUCAGCAAGAGACUCGGCGCAGAGUGGAAGGUGAUGUCAGAAGCUGAAAAGCGGCCCUUUAUCGACGAGGCAAAACGGCUGCGCGCCCUGCACAUGAAAGAGCAUCCGGAUUACAAAUACCGACCGAGGCGCAAAACCAAGACGCUGCUUAAAAAGGACAAGUACUCUCUGGCUGGCGGUCUGCUCGGCGGAGCGGCCACGGGAGCGGGAGUUGGUCUCGGAGUGGGCAUGAGCGCAGCUGGAGUAGGCCAGAGGCUAGAAAGCCCCGGGGGUCACGGAGGCUCGGCCGGCGCCGGUUACUCGCACAUGAACGGCUGGGCAAACGGUGCGUAUUCAGGCCAAGUCGCUGCCGCUGCCGCUGCUGCUGCUAUGAUGCAGGAGGCACAGCUUGCCUAUGGUCAGCAUCCAGGCAGCGGGGCACACCACCACCACCACCCGCAUGCCCACCACCAUCAUCCGCACAACCCGCAGCCAAUGCACCGUUACGACAUGAGCGCUCUGCAGUACAGCCCCAUAUCCAGUUCACAGAGUUACAUGAGCGCGUCGCCGCCCGGCUACGGAGGGAUUUCUUAUUCCCAACACCAAAAUGCGGGUGUUCCGUCGUCGGCCGCCAUCGGAACGCUGAGCUCUUUGGUCAAGACCGAGCCGAACGUAAGUCCUCCAGUUAGCACGCACUCCAGAGGCCCGUGCCAGGGAGACUUGAGGGAGAUGAUUAGCAUGUAUUUACCGGCUGGAGAGACCGGAGAGCCGUCCGUUCAAAGCAGACUGCACGCUUUACCGCAACACUAUCAGAGCACGACGGCCGGAGUAAACGGAACUGUCCCGCUCACGCACAUUUGAAAUUGUUGAAGAAAGGGAGGGGGGGAUUCAGACACACCACCAAAUAUUGACUUCUUUUCGAUGGCCAUUAACUACUUUUGUACAGAAUGUUUUAAGAUGUCCUUGUAAUUUAAGAUAAAAAUAGUUUGGUUUCCGUUCCGAGGAAAUCGAGAGCCGAUAUUGUCACUUAGACCUAACAUGUUUUUAUAAAUUAUACUGUUCAUCAAUUCUAAUUUGACAUUCUUCCUGGCCAUGCCAAAAAACCCCGCGAUGUACCCAUUGACUGGAGUGUUUCUGUUCACAUAUUUAUUUGUGCAAAUUCA